UACCACCAACUCACUCCAACAUUUCUAUAUAUUUUAUUUUUUUGUAGCUAUCCUCAGCUGCAAUGAAGGUUGGAACCCAGAUGAAGCAGCUGAACAAGUCUCUCAGGGAGAAGAGGGCCAAGCUCUACAUCGUCCGCCGCUGCGUUGUCAUGCUCCUCCGCUGGAGUGAUUGAUCGAUCUACCCUGUCAGCCCCCUCUGGUUUUUGGAUCUUUUUUUGGCCCUGCUGUUUCAGUAGGGCUUCAUCAGAUUGUUCAUGUAACGCUUCCAUG